GAAUAGGCAAAUUGUCCACGGCUGAUGGUAAAGCCUUUGCAGAUCCUGAAGUACUCCGGAGGUUGACAUCGUCUGUUAGUUGUGCGUUGGAUGAAGCUGCUGCUGCACUUACCCGUAUGAGAGCUGAAAGCACAGCAAAUGCAGGGCAGUCGGACAACCGCAGUUUGGCAGAAGCCUGUUCAGAAGGAGAUGUAAAUGCUGUGCGAAAGUUACUUAUUGAAGGGCGAAGUGUAAAUGAACACACAGAGGAAGGGGAGAGCCUCCUUUGCUUAGCUUGUUCUGCUGGAUACUAUGAGCUUGCACAGGUUUUGUUGGCAAUGCAUGCAAAUGUGGAAGAUAGGGGAAUCAAAGGUGACAUUACACCUUUAAUGGCUGCUGCUAAUGGAGGACAUGUCAAAAUUGUGAAGUUGCUGCUAGCUCAUAAAGCAGAUGUUAAUGCACAGUCUUCAACAGGCAAUACAGCACUUACAUAUGCUUGCGCUGGAGGCUAUGUAGAUGUUGUAAAGGUGCUCUUGGAAUCCGGUGCUAGUAUUGAGGACCAUAAUGAAAAUGGUCAUACCCCUCUUAUGGAAGCUGGAAGUGCUGGACAUGUGGAGGUAGCCAGAUUGCUGCUAGAAAAUGGGGCUGGCAUUAAUACGCAUUCCAAUGAAUUUAAAGAGAGUGCCCUUACCUUAGCUUGUUACAAAGGACACUUAGAGAUGGUGCGAUUUCUUUUGGAAGCAGGCGCGGAUCAAGAGCAUAAAACAGAUGAAAUGCACACUGCUCUAAUGGAGGCUUGCAUGGAUGGCCAUGUUGAAGUAGCUAGGUUACUUCUUGACAGCGGUGCCCAAGUGAACAUGCCUGCUGAUUCAUUUGAGUCACCAUUAACUUUGGCUGCAUGUGGUGGGCAUGUGGAACUUGCAGCUUUACUUAUUGAAAGAGGAGCUAGCCUGGAAGAGGUCAAUGAUGAAGGUUAUACACCACUGAUGGAAGCAGCUCGAGAAGGACAUGAAGAAAUGGUGGCAUUACUUCUAGGUCAAGGAGCAAAUAUCAAUGCACAGACAGAAGAAACUCAAGAAACUGCCUUGACUCUGGCUUGCUGUGGAGGCUUUCUGGAAGUGGCAGACUUUCUAAUUAAGGCAGGAGCCGAUAUAGAACUAGGGUGUUCUACCCCUUUAAUGGAAGCUGCUCAAGAGGGUCAUUUGGAGUUAGUUAAAUACUUAUUAGCUGCAGGAGCUAACGUUCAUGCAACAACAGCAACAGGGGAUACAGCACUAACAUAUGCCUGUGAAAAUGGUCAUACUGAUGUAGCAGAUGUCUUACUUCAGGCAGGCGCAGAUCUGGAACAUGAAUCUGAGGGUGGAAGAACUCCUUUAAUGAAAGCUGCAAGAGCUGGUCAUGUUUGUACUGUUCAGUUCUUAAUCAGUAAAGGAGCAAAUGUGAAUAGAACCACAGCUAAUAAUGACCAUACUGUACUGUCCCUGGCUUGUGCAGGGGGUCAUCUGGCAGUGGUGGAACUACUUUUGGCUCACGGGGCAGAUCCUACUCACCGUUUGAAAGAUGGCUCAACUAUGUUGAUAGAAGCUGCAAAAGGUGGCCAUACAAGUGUUGUUUGCUAUCUCUUGGAUUAUCCUAAUAACUUGCUUUCAGCCCCUCCACCAGAUGUCACUCAGUUAACUCCCCCAUCCCACGAUUUAAAUAGGGCUCCUCGUGUACCGGUUCAAGCACUGCCCAUGGUUGUUCCACCUCAGGAGCCUGACAAACCACCUGCCAAUGUUGCCACCACACUUCCCAUCAGGAAUAAAGCUGCUUCUAAACAAAAGUCCAGCAGCCAUUUGCCAGCAAACAGCCAGGAUGUACAGGGUUACAUCACCAAUCAGUCUCCAGAGAGCAUUGUAGAAGAGGCUCAGGGAAAGUUAACAGAACUGGAACAGAGGAUAAAAGAAGCCAUAGAAAAGAAUGCACAGCUGCAGUCCUUGGAACUGGCUCAUGCUGACCAACUUACCAAGGAGAAGAUCGAGGAGCUGAACAAAACAAGGGAGGAACAAAUUCAGAAGAAACAAAAGAUUUUGGAGGAACUACAGAAAGUAGAACGAGAGUUACAACUGAAAACUCAGCAACAGCUAAAAAAGCAGUAUCUAGAGGUUAAAGCUCAAAGAAUUCAACUUCAGCAACAGCAGCAACAGUCUUGCCAACACCUGGGAUUACUAACUCCUGUUGGAGUUGGAGAACAGCUUUCUGAGGGAGACUAUGCACGGUUACAGCAAGUGGAUCCUGUUUUGCUUAAAGAUGAACCCCAGCAAACUGCUGCUCAGAUGGGUUUUGCACCAAUCCAGCCUCUGGCGAUGCCUCAAGCUUUGCCUCUGGCGGCAGGUCCCUUGCCUCCAGGGUCCAUCGCAAAUCUUACAGAACUGCAAGGAGUGAUAGUUGGACAGCCAGUACUGGGCCAAGCACAGUUGGCAGGGCUGGGGCAAGGAAUUCUGACAGAAACACAACAAGGGUUAAUGGUAGCCAGCCCUGCUCAGACCCUCAAUGACACGCUGGAUGACAUCAUGGCAGCAGUCAGUGGAAGAGCAUCUGCAAUGUCAAACACUCCUACCCACAGUAUCGCUGCAUCCAUUUCCCAACCUCAGACUCCAACUCCAAGUCCUAUCAUCUCUCCUUCAACCAUGCUUCCUAUCUACCCUGCCAUUGAUAUUGAUGCACAGACUGAGAGUAAUCAUGACACGGCGCUAACACUUGCCUGUGCUGGUGGCCACGAGGAACUGGUACAGACACUGCUAGAGAGAGGAGCUAGUAUAGAGCACCGAGACAAGAAAGGUUUUACUCCACUCAUUUUGGCUGCCACAGCUGGUCAUGUUGGUGUUGUGGAAAUAUUGCUGGACAAUGGUGCAGACAUUGAAGCUCAGUCAGAAAGAACCAAGGACACACCACUCUCCUUGGCCUGUUCUGGGGGAAGACAGGAGGUGGUGGAGCUAUUGUUAGCUCGAGGAGCAAAUAAAGAGCACAGGAAUGUUUGA